AUGAUGAAUGUCGGUUACAUGAAACCGCCAGAAAGCUAUAAUGAGAUAUCGCGUUUAGACGCGGUCUCCAAGUACAUAAACCUUCCACACUGGAAACACACCCAGUUUUUUACAAAAGCAACUACUAAAUUGAAAAAAAACUUUAAAGUUUGUGGUGUUUCUAUAUCAUUGAUUGACAAUUACAAGUGUCAUUUCAAAGUUGAAACCUUACUCGACACAAGCAGUGUUCCAAGAUGCGUUGCUAUAGACUCUCAUGCAAUUUUAUCCAAUGGUUACUUUGUGCUACUAGAUGCCUCGCAGGACUGGAGAACAAGUUCAAACCCUUUGGUUACCGGUGCCCCAUACAUCAAGUUUUAUUGCGGUGUUCCGCUUGCCGCCAAAAACAAUGAAAUAAUUGGUAUAUUAGCGAUAUUUGAUAAAAAGCCAAGAAAUUCAUUUGGCGACGAGGCACGUAAAGCUUUAAAAGUGGUUAGUGAGGAAAUCAUGGAUUGGUUAAAUACGCCGCUUGAUACUAUACACCGCCCGAAAUAUUUUGACCACGUAAGCGAUUCGUUCUUACCAUAUGGUAACAAGGACAAGAAAAAGGCACUUUUGGAGUUGAAGAAUGAGAUUGGUAGACCCACAAGUGGUAGAUCUUCGUUGAUAUUUGAAAAGGAUGGUUCGGGAGGACCCUAUAACCAAAACCAAAACUUUAGGUUUAUUAAAUUUGACAAGGGGGACAAGGUUGACCCUGCAAUGACACUGCAUCUGAGAUGCUCACCUAAGCUUCCAUUACAAAGUCAGCUGCCUCCGUCGCAACUUACUGACAAAGAAUUGUGGCAGUUUUUAUUUUCUGUGGGAACUUUGAAAAAGGCAGCAACGGCAUUGGCAAAGAUCCUUGCCACCACUUAUAAGUUUGACUUUGUAUACAUUUUAGAAAUUAGAGUUGCGGAACCAUGCUGUAUUGUUAAAGAGUUUUUUCCAGCCAAUGAAGAAAAGAUUGACUUUGAACUGUUUGCUUACUCAACCAAAGUUACAAAGUCAAAAGAUUUACAAGAUGAGUUCAUGACUAGAGAAAUCGGAGCAUAUUUGGCCAAGUCCAAUAAUAUCACCGAACAACAGCAGCUGCUGCUGCAACAACAACAACAACAACAACAACCUGCUGGUAGUAACGGAACGACAAUGAAUCGUUUUUUCGAAAACUCUAUACAUUACAAAGCCUUUAUAUCAGAAUUUGGGCUCGAGAUUAAAAAUCCCAAAGCAAACACUGUUUACAAUCAUGGUUUGUUGAUGCCAUUUUUCCGGCACGACGCAAAAUUAGUACGCAGAAACGCUACUGUUUCUGCAAAGGAUAGCAAAAAGAAUGUUGUUGACUUGUACUUGAGAAGUGGCGGAUUCUUGAUUGCAUUAUUCUCGGAAAAGACAAGAGAGUUUGACGUCGACUUAGUAUCUGAAAUCUUUAAUCAUUCUUGCAUUUUCAGAAAGAUAUACAUUGCCACGCAAUAA